AGACUCCACUGUCUGAAUCGAUCGAGUAGUUCCGGUUAUCGGAGGUCAAAACUGCAUCGGGAAGCAGACUUCUAAGUCAUUGCAGAUGUUCGAGGACCGAACAUCUGUUGCCCACGAGCAGAUCUCUGUGAAGAAAAAACACCUUGUGAGUCCUGGGGUUUCUAAGUCCUAGGAAUUUGGGUAUUUCACACGGAGGUACAUCGGUUGUGAGACGAUGGUUUUUUAGGACUCGGGACUGAUCGAAACCAUCAGCGCUCAGCAGUCUGGGACACUCGGAGGGAGCUGAACCUCUCGAGGACGAGUCUUGCUGGCCGCAUUGCGCUUUUAUAUGAGGAAUUGCUUCACCGUGGAGAUAAGUAGACUGGUGACGGCUAUUUCUUCGGACAGUGAUUAUCCUCGUUUCUAAAUCAAGACGGAGGUUUACCAUCGGGGGAAUGAUGUCUCUGACUGCAGUCUGAUUUCAUUGAGCAUCUGCUCUUUUCUAUUUGAGCAAUUACUCAACGAAACUGGAAUGGCGACAGCAAGAUUCUUACACAAAAUGCACACAUCGGUGAGCAAUACUGUCGCUGCGAAUCCCCCUCCUGUCCUAGCCGAUAGGAAAGGAGGGGAUCUGGGCAAGAGGCUUUCUGGCCUUAACUCAGUGUCGCUCAGCAAGUGAUCCUGGGGGGGCCACCAGUUUUGGACGUGAACACCAUUAGCAAUCGGCUGUUGGAAGGACCGAGGUUUGCAGCUCAGGUGCAGGUUCAGAUAAGCCUUUAGAAACUUCAGAUUUCAGAAAGUUGGAAGUCUAUUCUCGUGUGCGGCUCUAUUGAAGACUUCACCGUUGGACCGCUCACUGUGUACAAUUGGCCCAGGAGGGUGGGGUGGAACCAUUGCGGGACAUCCCUCCUUCUUGGGUCUCUGAACUCAGUUGUUCGCUCUUCACUUUGAUUGUAACACUGUCGACAUAUUGUUUUUCUCUGGUUUACAAUAUCGUGCGGUGUUAAGAGGUCCGGUGAUGCCUUGCAACUAGGUAGACGAAAAUUUUUCAUACGGGAUCACGACUCUUAGAUCUUUCAGUUAUCAAUUUAUCUUUCAAUGGUACACUUGCAGGCAGUUACGUCCUUUGCCAGGCUCGAAAACCUGGUAAAGAGCUAAUUUAAUAUUUGAGAGAGGAUAUCGAGGUGAAUGCGAGGAUAAUGCUCGAGCCCUUGGCCCUUAGCCCGUGCCCACAUGUUGUUUGAUGUCAAUUCUCUUUUCCGGAGGAGAUCAGCUAUCUGGCUUUGAACUCAAGACUUGACACCACGAAACAAGACGUCUACUUUCGAGUAAAUUAUCCUGGCCGCCAAGGCUCACAAUCCGGAUGGGCUUGGGCUCACCGGGUCCGCUGCGGAACCUUACCCGCCUUCAAUUAGCGGAAUAUGUGGAUGUCUUGGUCAAUCUAAUCUUUUGGAGUGAUCACGGAAUGUCGAAGAGACACUUCUUGACCUUGUUAUUCUGUUUUGAGGGUCAGAAAUCUUCCGUGUCUAUUCGUGAUUUCCCACAGUUCGGAAGCAGAGGAUGCGAGGCGUUAACCAGGAUCCGGCGGGCCUCUUUGAGAAUGUGCAAUGACCCACGAAAUCUGGUACAGCGGCCAUUUCUGCGUUGGAAUGUAAAGAUGGACGACUGCCAUGGUCAAUCUAUGAUUGGAUGUCGCUACCAGCUUGUCUCGAGGCUUUCGUGCUGCCUUUUUCGAUUGCGAUCAAAUUCGACAUUUUGGUUCUACUGCAAACCCGUACAGGUAAUGUUGUGAAUGUUUUGCAUCAAUUGUAGAAACUUGGACAGCUGAACCCACGAUGAAUAGAGCUUGUACUGGCGAGUAGAAUCUUAAGUGGACCUUAACGCAUGAGUUCCUCCUGGAAUGCAAAGCAUCAAUUCAGUUGUGUAGGAAGGGAAGCUGACCGUCACAAAAGUCUCUACUAUCAAUAGCUUCGCGUUCAUCCUGAUUAACAAGGAGUGAUUGACUGGGAGUGCCUCAUGGUAAGUAUGUAUCCAUAGAGUUGCCCUCAUGAUCUAUCGUGUCUCGAAGUUUGCGAGAUGUAAAAGAAAGGUCUCUCAUUAACUGGAGUGCAGAAUGGCACUUCCUGCAACCCAUUUUUUUGGGAUUUAGCUCGAAUUACAUUGUUGUGUACCUUGGUCGUCCGCUUCAACUAGAUCAAUGUACGAAUUAAAUAUUAGACACACAUCUGACUUAUUAACCUUCCUGGCUUUGUCACUUGACUUCUCUAGGAGAGGUAAAUACUAUUUUUUCAAUGUAAUAUGAAAGUUGUUUAUUUUUCAGCGCUCUGUGCGCUCUGUCUUCGUCAGACAUA